AAUCAAGGCAUCAGUAGAGAAGUACAGUGCUCCUCCAAGUCUUGUGGCCAAUGCUGCUGGCAUCACCCGAGAUAACUUCCUGCUGCAGAUGGAUGAGAAUUCCUUCAUGGAAGUUUUGGAUGUGAAUGUUAAGGGGUCCUUUUUAGUCAUGCAGUUGGUAGCAGGCACACUUGCUGAACAUGGUUUGAAAGAAGGAGCCAUAGUAAAUCUGUCUAGUAUUGUUGGGAAGACUGGAAACCUUGGCCAGUGCAACUAUGCAGCGAGCAAGGCUGCUGUCAAUGGCUUGACUAAAACAGCAGCAAGAGAACUAGCCAAACUGGGUAUACGUGUCAACAGUGUUCUGCCGGGCUUCACCAAAACCGCAAUGACUGCAACCGUCCCUGAUAAAGUCAUUGAGAAGUUGCUGAAGCUGAUUCCUCUUCAUAGAAUGGCAGAGCCUGAAGAAAUUGCAGAAGUUGUGGCCUUCCUUCUCUCAGACAAGAGCAGCUAUAUGACUGGUACUUGUAUUGAAGUUACAGGGGGACUCAGCAUGUGAAUCUAAUUUUUCUUAGUUACUGAAAGAAUGGAAAUGAAGUUGUAUGAUGCAGAGAUAGUCCUCCAAUUUGAUUUUAUGUGUGCAUUUGCAUAUAGUGUAGCUAAUGAAGAAGCUAUCAAAGUGUGCUAUACUUUUACAGUUAUUUGUUUUGAGUUUUACUGAUAGUAUUCCAUCCAUUUUUAACGUACAAUUAACUAGUGUUCGGUCACUCAGGGUACUUAGGAUUUAUUUACCAAACUUCCAUGCACAAACAUACUUAUUAUUUCUCUGUAUUUUUUGUAAGAGUUAUGUUUGUCUCUACAUAAGAUGCUUGACUUUUCUUGAUUUAUUGAAUUAUGCAUGUCAAUUUUCAUUUUAGGGAAAGAUUUAAAGAUACUUUAUACAUUGCAUAAUUGUAGAAAUUUCCAGUUAUUGGUUAUUUAAAUUACUAGCAAUUAUUUUAAAUCAGCUUUGGUGACAAUUAUGCACCAUUACAAAUUGUAUGUUAUUGCUCAAAUGAUUCUAAGAAACUGAUUGAUAUUAAUGGCAUGAGAUGAUACCCAGAAUUAUUUGUAUCAUGAUUGUUUGAUUUAUGCACAGUUACAUAAUCAUCAUUACCAUUAAAAAUCAGUUUUUGACUUAUAUAUAUGUACAGUUGGCAUUUAACAUUUGCAAGUUCAGUAUUCACAACCGAAAAUCCAGGAAAUUUGACUGAGAUAUGUGUUGAAAGGUAUUAAAAGAUCAAAAGGUGCUGUCACAAGAGAUCAAAAUACUCCUGUCAAAAGUAGACAGGACCUAAAAAUAUGGAAAUACUUCCAGAGAGCUAUUAAAUCACAGUUAUUUGAGAGAGAGAGAGAAAAAAAAAAAAACUCUAGGAUGGUCUAGUGAAUAUGUUGUCUUGUUCUACAUUGCUUUUGCAAAAUUUUAAUGUUUACAAGGGUUUUAGGAAGGUGACUCUCAUGGAUGUUAAGGACCAGCUGCAUCUUCAUUACCAUACCAUAUCAUUAAAUAGGGCAGAUAUUCUGUUCAGUAAAACUAUUGAGUAAUUGUGCUUUGAUUUAAACAUACAGAGAAAUCUUAUUUUGAAUUUGUAAUUCUUAAAAAUUAAUACAAGUUUUACUGUAUCGUUUUGUGUGUGGGUAAUCUUAACGGAGAAGUUAACUUGGAUACUUGUGAACAAACUGUUAUCUUGUCAACUCCAUGUAAAUAGAACAGGAUUUCAGGACUUUAAAGUACAAAGGAACUUCACUAUAGGUCACAUUACAUGGGUUACAUUGACAGUAAUGAAUUUGCUUUCAGUGAUAACUCAAAACAGUUUUAGGAGCAUUAACUUAGAAGGUGAAAUUGCGUGAGGUGUGUCUUAAAUAUAUGUCUAUAUAUGUAGUUAUUUUUAUAUAUUGUAAGAAACUUCAAAGUAAAAUGAUUAAUGACUAAUCAGGGAAAGAA